AUGCAAGACAAUGCCAACUUCGAGGAGGCUGCAACAGAGGUCGAGAGUAACGAGGCGGCGGAUACGAACGAAACGGCAGGAGGGCGAUUGCGUACAUCGGCGGGCUCUAACUUGCGCAGGAGGAACGCGAUCAAACGACGCGGGAUCUCCGACUUACCUCCUUUCGAUCUGCCCAACGAUUUCAUUGCCGAGAAUGUUUCUUAUUUCGGGCCUGACACUCAGCCGCGGCUUCCCAAGCCUCUUGAGAUGGACGCAACGCAUGUCAAGGUCUCCAAUUUGUACUCCAAGGCGACUCCGCAGCGGACCUUGCGACUAGAGGAAUACUUUACCGCAGCUGUUGACAUGAUCGAGAAACGACUCGCGCAAAUAUGGGCAGAGCUUGAGGGGCAGCCCAUCUUAAAAUCGUCACCCUGGCAUACAUCCUUCCGCAUAGCGCAGAUUGUACGGUUGACAUCGUUUCUGAACGACUGUGCCUGGCACUUGGCGGACGCAUUGUACCCAGUGCGUGAGCCGACAUACACAUACACAAGCCGGCCUUUUUGGUGGUGGAAUAUCUACAGGGACCUCGACCCGCAGUCCUAUGUCUGGCGCGAUCACUUCACAAAUCGAGAAGCGCCUGUAUCGCAGCAGCUUCAGUACGCCGAGUACCUGGACCACUCACUCUCGCACGCGAUCACCGACUUCCCCAUCGAAGCCUUCAACAGCUUGAAACGAAAUCUCCGCAGAGAUCUCGAGCAAAUCUGCCCUCCGAGUUUCGACCCAAAGAUUGGGAGGCGACCAAUCCAGAUAUUAGCUAUGCAUGGGCACGAUGGAAAGUCAAUAGCGCAAAGUCUAGGGAGCUACGCAUCAUGGUUGAGUGAGGCGCACGUUGUACAUCUGGAUGCGUACGAUAUCUCCUGGAUGCUUGGCGACUACAUCGGCCAGGAUUGGCUGUACUCGCGCGGUCCUGUGUCGACGCUGGGCUUUCGAGCUGCUGAUUAUGGAGGCAGGACAGGGAGGAGGAUACAAAUCAUUGAUGCGACCGAAGAAGAUCCCGACGACGAGGAGUCCAAUAUCAUCCAUGUGCGAAACGCUGCCGACCUGCGCAAGUUGAGACAGGACUUGAGCGAUGACGUCCGCGAUUCAGCAUUGACAGGCUUGCCUUCGCGCUCCGAGAUUCGCGAUGUGUUCACAGACUGGGAACACCUCAAGAUCAACAAGGCGCUGGAAACCCUUGUGUCAAAACCGACAGAGCACUUGCCUGUCACAGACCUGCAGCAGCCCGUGGUCGUACAUGUGCACGACUAUAUUGAACUCAGCAUGACGCUUGAAGGAGCAGCAAUUCUCUCAAAAUUAAGGCAGGUUGUCGACAUUGCGUGGAAGAACGGCAAACGCAUCGUUCUUCUUGGUACGUCUUCGUCGCAAACUCCCUCGGACGAGUACCAUAAUAUGGUGCGGGAGCUUGCGGCGUCAGACUUUGUGGUGUCUCGUGCUGUCCAGCCUGCGCGCGCGGAAGCUGAGACGGCUACCAAGUUAGACUCGCAAGCUGGACCUUUCAACUUGCAACUGGUGGACAAUCUCUGCGAGAAUGCGCGUAACAUCAACCGCAUGAUUCUCGCCAUUGAUCCACCAGCACACCCCAUGCUUGCUCCUCUUUGGCGUGUGCAAGACAACCCUGACGAUGGUUACUGGCACGAUCCCAUGUUUCAAGGUGCUCCUAGAAACCCCUUGAACAGCACUGUCCUACCUUGGCUCGAGAUUCACAAUCUGGCACGCAGCUUCCGCGACCAGGAGAUCUCUCAUCCCGGUACCGGAGCGUCUGCAUUCGCGGACCGUAUGCACAUGGGUCCUCUCUUGCAGCCCCCCGGCCAUGGUCUUCGUUGGGACGCGCCUUCGGAUGCAAACGGGAAACGCGAGUCUUCUUCAGGAAACGAAGCCUCGAGGCCUGAGAGCACAGCAAACGCCGCGAACAAGAACACGGCCCGAGGAGGGAACGAGUACGAGAAACGCAUUGCGAACGGUAUAAUCAACAAGGAAAACCUGCGGACAACAUUUGCCGAUAUCCACGUUGCGCCCGAAAUCACGACAGCGCUAAAGCUACUUACCUCACUGGCACUCGUCCGCCCCGACGCCUUUUCCUAUGGUGUCCUGGCGCACGACAAGAUCAACGGUUGUCUUUUAUACGGGCCCCCUGGAACAGGCAAAACCAUGCUUGCGAAGGCAGUGGCCAAGGACAGUGGCGCAAACAUGCUCGAAGUGAGCGGUGCCAGCAUCAACGACAAGUGGGUCGGCGAGUCGGAGAAACUCAUCAGGGCCGUGUUCACCAUGGCAAAGAAGAUGUCGCCGUGUGUCAUCUUCAUCGACGAGGCCGAUUCCAUCCUUUCCAAGCGGAGCAUGCAUAGUACCCGUCCCGCUCAUCGUGAGCUGAUCAACCAGUUCCUCAAGGAAUGGGACGGCAUGGAAGAAACCAAUGCCUUCAUCAUGGUCGCCACAAACCGCCCGUUUGAUCUUGACGAUGCCGUUCUCCGCCGCUUGCCGCGGAAGCUGCUCAUAGACCUUCCUCUGAAGAAUGAUCGUUCAGCUAUCAUCAAAUUACUACUACGAGAUGAGAGGCUCGCGGACGAUGUGGACAUGGCCAGUCUCGCGGAGCUGACCCCGUACUACUCCGGCUCGGACCUGAAGAAUAUGUGCGUCGCAGCCGCCAUGACGGCCGUGGAGCAGGAGAAUGCCGCUGCUGAGAAGCACACUGGGCCGGAGCCUUACGAGUAUCCCGAGCGCCGGAUUUUGGACAAGUCCCACUUCGAGAAGGCCCUGAAGCAGAUUCCCGCGAGCAUCAGCGAAGACAUGGAGAGCUUACGCCUGAUCAAGAGAUUCGAUGAAGAGUACGGCAACCGGAGAAAGGGCGGGAAGAAGAAGACAAUGGGCUUUGGUGGUGGAGAGCUCAGUCAAGCGCAGGAUAGCCUUGCUGCCAGAGUGCGACAAACUGGUGAUCAGCCAGAUGUAUAA